AUGGCUACAGGCAAUGCUGGCAACGCAUCCAUAACUAAUCUGACAGAAACAACAUUUCUGAAAAAUGAUAACUCGCUGUACUGUUUUCGCGGAACACUAGAUUACAUCCAGCAAUUUCAACUGUUCUUGUGUUUCAUCAACCCGGUGUUCGCUCUCAUUGGUCUGAUCUUAAACAUUAUCAGUAUGAUCAUACUCCACAAAAAUCAACUCAAGAAGCCAUCCAACUUACUUCUGUUCGCCCUUAUGGUAGCUGACACAAUGAACAUGAUGGUUAAUCUUAACUUCUCGUACAUGCUCAAGUAUUUUGGCCCGGUAAAGACCAAACCAGGUUACUGCACAUGGGAAUACGGCAUUACUGUGAACACCAUUAUCUAUGGGUAUUAUCAACUAUGCUUCUUUAUAGGUACUUGGGGGCAUUGCGUGAAUGCCACCAUACCAGUCAUCAUCACCCUGGAAAGAGCUUUAGCAGUUUUUUUACCGGUCACUUUUACUAAGCUGGUUACGACCAGAUCAGCGUUAGUUAGUUGUAGUUUGGUUUACAUUGGCUGGUUAGUUUGGAAUUGCUUCACCGCAUCAAUUGGCAAAGUGGUCCAUAUUGAAGUUUCCAGUGGGAAGUUUGUUUCUAUCAACACCGCCACAGACUUCUUCCGGCAGAACUACGCCCUCAUUUAUAUCUUCUACGUAUAUGUGGCCGAAUCUUUGGCUUCUUGGGUGCCCAUAUGUUUGGUUAUCCUAGGGUGCAUCGCCAUCGGAAUACGCGUCCGAGUUUCCCUUUUGCGACGGAAACGUCUGUCGGGGAUAAAAGCAAAGUUGAAGUGGUCGCCACGGACGACUCGGACUCUGGUGACCACGUGUUUGAUAUUUGCCGUGACGCACGCUGUCAAUUCAUUUAUCUCAGCCUUCGUGCCAAUCAGUGACACCACUCCAGUCCUGACAUACUUUCUGGUGUAUCUGGCAGAGUUCAUCAAUCUGAUCAAUUGUUCUAGUAAUUUCUUUGUCUACGUUCUCUGCAACAGAAAUCUCUGGAAUAUUUUCAAAGAUCUCAUUACAUGGCCUUAA